GUAUAACUACUCCAUAUCGAAGAGACCAAAGUGUGCUGCAUCUUUGAGUGAAAUAUUCUGACAAAUGGAGUCUUUGGUGGUGUCUCUGAAACCUUCACGUUCUCUCUCUGGCACCCUCUUCGCAGCAUCUUCUUAUCACCCAAUUUCCACCACCACCACCACCACUGCCACCAGCAAUCCAAGCCCUUACCGCUAUCCCAACGCAAGACGGUUGGGCUCAUUCAGUCAAAGGCACUGUCGUCGGGAUACUUCCAGUCACUUUGACUUCGAUCUCAGACUCAGAUCGUACAUCUCGAGCUCGUCUUCACCAUCUACUAUGCCAAAGAAGGGUGGAAAUCAAACCAGCGGCGAUGAAAACAACAAGGCUGAGGGUUCUUGGAUCGACUUGUACCUGCCAAUGCAAGCUCAGCCUUAUGCUAAGCUCGCCCGCCUCGACAAGCCGAUCGGCACCUGGCUGUUUGCUUGGCCUUCUUUGUGGUCAACAGCACUGGCUGCAAGUCCAGGACAGCUUCCUGAUAUUAUGAUGUUGAUACUAUUUGGAUUUGGAGCUCUGUUUACUAGGGGCGCCUCGUGCACCAUAAACGAUCUCCUUGACCGGGAUAUUGAUGGCAAGGUGGAACGUACAAAGUCGCGGCCUCUUGCAAGUGGUGUUUUGACACCUUUUCAGGGGAUUUCUUUUCUUGGAUUUCAAUUGCUCUUGGUUCUAGGAACUCUCCUUCAAGUAAACAAUUAUAGCUGCGUUUUGGGGGUUUCAUCUUGGUUCCUAAUUUUCACCUAUCCUCUCAUGAAGAGAUUGACAUAUUGGCCUCAAGCCUAUCUAGGUUUGAUGAUUAAUUGGGGGGCUUUAUUAGGAUGGGCAACAGUAAAAGGAAGCAUUGAUCCAGUUAUAGUGCUCCCAUUGUACUUUUCUGCAGUAUGCUGGACACUUGUCUAUGAUACCAUAUAUGCACAUCAGGACAAGGAAGAUGAUUUGAAAGUAGGUGUUAAGUCUACGGCAUUGAAAUUUGGCGACUCCACCAAAAAAUGGAUUACUGGGUUUGGAAUCGUGUGCUUGAGCAGUCUUGCCCUCAGUGGAUACAAUGCUGGGAUAGGGUGGCCGUACUAUGCAUUUUUGGGGGUUGCAUUUGGACAAUUAGCUUGGCAAAUAUCAACAGUUAAUCUUUCAUCCUCAGCUGAUUGCAAUAGAAAAUUUGUGUCGAACAAGUGGUUUGGCGCUAUUAUGUUCAUCGCAAUCCUAUUUGGACGACUUUCAUCAUAAGGAGAUGCAGUUCGUCAUUCUCUUGCACUGUUCUCGUAUAUUGGCAAGAAGGUUGCAAGGUCAUCUAAAAGCAGGACUCAAAUGCGGGCAUCAAUGUUCUCGUCUAUUGGCAAGAAGGUUGCAAGGUCAUCAAUGUUUAUGCUGUAAUAUUUAUCGUUGUACCUCAAAAGUGGACCAUUUUCAUGGGGCUUUAUGGGACUAAAUGUUGUAAUUUUGAUUUCAAUUGGGAAGUCUAACAGCAGAUGUGAUGAAACAAGUGUUUUUGGUGCUAUUAUUUUCAGUGGAAUCAUAUUUCAGAAUA